UCCUGGGAAGGGGCGGCAAGCCACUGGCCGACAUGCGACACGUUCACCAACCUAACAUCUGAGAUCCGAGAGCUGAAUGCGGACGAGAUGUCAGGAUCGAGAAGGCAGCAGGAUAGUACAUGAAUCUUUCCUAGACAGGCGAAGAUCGGGUUGGCAGAACAUCUGCCUGUUGAUUUGCACCAGGAUGUACACGCCAGAUGGAGACACAUUGUGGGUCGAAGCUUGUGAAACAACACUCAUGUAUCAGAGAUGCAUCCGCGCGGCGCAUACAUGUCUGGUCCGUCGCCCAGAGGUCUGCACGUGCGUCGGAGCACUACGAAUUCAUCGCCACUGGAGCCGGAGAGGCGGAAGAGGAAAAGGUCGUGCCAAGGUCCUUGCCUCUGGCCCGACUUAACCCUGGAACGUAAAAGCAGAACAGAGGGAGGAGGGCAGAGCGUGCGACUCGACAGAAGCUGGGCCCACCGCCUCCGAGGAUGCGUGAGGCUGUCCAUUCUGACUCUCUCGCUUUGGCGGAGCAGUGGCGGCGGAUGGACUGGACUGAAGGGGGAGGAGGAGGAGGAGGAGGAGGAGGAGGGAGGGAGGGAGAGAGGGAGGGAGGGAGGGAUAUUGGUGAAGGUCCUCAGAACCUAGGAUCUCCAAUCUGCGGUAAGGGCAGCCGCAAUGUCGGGAACGACGGCACGCGCUGCGGCGUGAUUCUGCUCCGUGGGGCUUUCUGCUGCUCUGCGCUGUGCGCGCUUGCUCGC